AUGGAGGUCGAUGAAGCACCGUGCGAGGAACCCAUAUCCUCUAGCACCACCACUACCGGCAAGGAGGAGCGAAAACGAUUCGAAGUAAAAAAGUGGCAAUCCGUUGCCCUGUGGGCUUGGGAUAUUGUGGUCGACAACUGCGCCAUUUGCCGUAAUCAUAUCAUGGACCUGUGCAUCGAGUGCCAGGCAAAUCAAGAGUCCGCCACCACCGAGGAGUGCAACGUCGCUUGGGGCGUGUGCAAUCACGCAUUCCAUUUCCAUUGCAUCUCGAGAUGGCUCAAGACGCGCCAAGUUUGUCCGCUGGACAACAGGGAAUGGGACUUCCAGAAAUAUGGUCACUAG